GACGAUCUCUCCAAGGUCACGUUGCCGUCGUCUUUUCACGUGGUGACUAUCUAUUUCCCUUUCUAGGCUUUGGAUAUUAAAAGAUGGUCAGGAAAUGCUUAAGUAAAUUAUGAGUAUUAAUAUUACUCUGCCUGUAGAAAACAAAAGUAAGCGCGUAACCUGUCACAAGCGAUACAAAAUUAUCAAGAAGGUAAAAGAGCAUCACCGCAAGUUACUUAAGGAAGCUAAAAAGAACUUAAACCGACAUCGAAAGGAUCCUGGUGUCCCUAACAUUCUACCCUUCAAAGAAAGUUUUCUGAAAGAUGUUGCCGAAGCAAAAAUGAAGCUAGAAGAAGCAAGACUUAAAAAUAUAGAGUAUUCUCAAACUUAUAAGUCUCUGAAACAUGAAGAUGUUUCUCACUCAACAGUUCAGCACGAUGUUAAAGACGUUAUAAUCCAGUCUGACGUUAUAUUGGAAGUAUUGGAUGCACGUGAUCCAAUGGGUACGCGCUGUCCAGAGAUAGAAGAAACUGUCCUUAGGGAGAAUAAACGUUUGGUUUUGCUCAUCAAUAAGAUUGGUAAGUGUUACAUAGGUAACCGUUUUAGACCUUGUUCCGCGAUCCAAUCUCGAGGCUUGGGUAAAUUACCUACGCAAAACUCACACGGUCAUAACAUUCAAGGCAAAUACGCAACGCCAGAGUAACCAUCUUUCGUGUGGAAAACCAUAUCUUCUGAAAGAUGGAAAAAUGCCAAGUAAAGGGUUCGGAACUUCUGAAUUAUUGUCGUUGCUUGCAAACUACUCCCGUGAUCCAAGCUCCAGUCUGUCUAACACUAACACUCGUCUUAGUUUGACCGUUGGUGUCGUCGGCCUUCCGAAUACUGGCAAAAGCGCACUCAUAAAUACACUUAAAAGGCAAAAGGUGUGCGUCAGUGGUAAUGUUCCCGGUUUAACACGUCAGUCUCAGCGUGUACGGAUUGACAAGAACCUAUUUCUUCUCGAUACUCCGGGUACCUUGAUUUCAAAGUCAUCUGAUGCUUCAGAUCUUGUGUUAAAAAAUUGUAUAAAACCAGAAAUGCUCCCGGAUCCUGUUCCAGCUGUUGAAGCCAUAUUGCGUCGUUGUUCACAAGCGCAACUGGUUUCUAAGUAUAAGAUUGAAGAGUACAAUAAUGUUUCAGAGUUCCUAGUUAAGUUAGCACACCGUUUGGGUCGAAUGAAAAAGGGUGGUAUUCCAGACACCACCAUGGCAGCGCGUUCUGUAAUUAAUGAUUGGAUUAUUGGAAAAAUCACUUACUCCACGGAGCCUCCGUAUACUGAUACUGUCGAAGAAAAUCUCGAUUUAUCUUUAAAAGACAAUGCAAUGGAUAUCUCUGAAUUUCCGACAAACUAAUAGAUGUAAAUGUUUGGGAGUGUAAAUAUAACAUUUAAUGUAUUUUGCUUUGACUGUUAAA